AUGGCGUGCUGUGGAGGUUAUAAUACAGGACAGUGUUGUGGAGGCAACCAAUGCCCAUCUCCUGAAAACAAUAACGACCACAACGACGAUGAUGUUUGGGCUGACCACGACGAUCUUCCACAGCAAACAAUAGCAUCUGAUUCUCCAGAUAUUGUUGCUCUCCGCCGUAAAUUUGCUAAGGAAGGGUACAUAGAUGGCAAAAGUCAGUGGCAAGAGUUGGGGCUCCAACAAGGGUUCGACCAAGGCUACCCAAUUGGUGCCAAAUUGGCGAUGCAAUCAGGGUGCAUCUUGGGCAAACUACAGAUGAUAGUGACAACUUACGAAAAUGAAAAAGACCACGAGCUUUUGAAGCAGUGUACUGAGGAGUUAAACAUCACUAACGUGUUGGACAGCAAGUACUUUGACCAAACCACCACCGAGUUGAUAGGCGAUGACCAUCCAGCGAUAUCCAAAUGGAGGGUCCUAGUGGAGGAAGCUGUCAAGUCAAGAACGUCGUCGUCCACCACCACCAUUGACUAA